AUGUUUGCAAUUUUAAAUAACAGUUAUGAAAAUAAUAAUCAUCAAGAUUCAUUUAGAGAAAAUAAUAAUUACCAAGAUUUAUUUGAAAAAAAUAGUAAUUAUCAAGUUUUAUUUGAAGAAAAUAAAAAUAAUAAUUAUCAGAGUUCAUUUGCAGAAAAUAAUGAGCAAAAUUUAUUUGAAGAAAAUGAUGACUAUUUCGAAAAUAAUAAUUCAUUUGAGGAAAAUGAUAACUAUUAUAUUCGUGAUUUUUUAGAUGAUGAUAAACUAAAUUCAAGUUAUUUUUUAGCCGAUGAUUAUUUUUCUGAUGAAGAAUUUUCUAAAUCAGAAUGUUCAAAAUUUGCAAACAAAAAGAGUUCCAAUAUUAUUAUAUCUAACAAAAUUAAAAUCAACAAUUCAAAUUCAGAAGUUAUCAUAAUUAGUGAUUCUGAACCAGAUAUUACUACUCACCAAAAAGAAAAACAAAGAACAUAUUCUAUUGAACUACAAGAAAAUGAAAUCUCCAUUACAAAUUCAACUUGA